AUGCUGGAUAAUAAGGAGAAAAAGGACGUCUCCGAAUUGGAAAAGGAUACUAUCCAAGCCAUUGAAAUUAAAAAGGGUAGGGUUAUACCAUUCAUUGAUACUGAGCCAUCUCAAGAUUUGGUGCAACUACGUACUAUCAGCACCACUCAUGAAAUAAUCUUAGUUUUAUCUCUAUUGGCAUUUACAGCUUUAAUUCGUCUUCAUGAUUUAGGCUGGCCAAAUGGUGUGGUUUUUGACGAAGCUGUUUAUGGUAAUAUAGUUUCCAAAUACCUUAAGAAUAUUUUAUUUGUUGAUGUUCACCCACCAUUAAUCAAACUACUUUAUGCGGGGAUUGCUCAUUUUCUUGGUUUCGAAGGUCAAUUCGAAUUCAAUGAUAUUGGUGUACCAUUCCCUACCACUACUCCAUAUUAUGCAAUGAGACUAUUCUCAGCAACUUUAGGAUCCCUUACUGUUUUGUUAAUGUAUUUGACGUUGCGUGCAUCAGGGGUAAGAAUUUGGGUUGCUUUAGCUGGAUCAAUUUGUCUAGUCAUUGAAAAUUCAUUCGUAACUGUGUCUCGUCAUAUCAUGUUGGAGGGUCCAUUGAUGUUUUUCAUUGCUGCUGCAGUCUACUUCACGAAGAAGUCUGAUCUAUUUAAAGCAGAUUCCUGUAAUUCAUAUAUUAAUAUUGGUAUUGCAGCUGUUGCUCUAGGUUUAGCUAUAUCUUCUAAAUGGGUUGGUGUAGCAACAUUGAUUUGGGCAGGUCUGAUUUGUGUUUGGAGACUUUGGUUUAUGGUUGGGAACUUAUCCAUGCCUGUAUGCGGUUCCUUCAAAGUGGCACUAAUUAAAGCAUUCACUUUGAUCUUUUUACCAAUUAUUUUGUACAUAUUAACAUUUUACUUCCAUUUCCAGUACACUGGUAUUAACUCAGAUGUUAGCCAAUUGUUCACUCCUGAAUUUAGAACGACUUUGGCUAAUAAUUCUGUUGUGAACAAUGUUGUUGCAGAAAUUGCAGUGGGAUCUAUGAUAACUUUGCGCCAUCCAGGUACACAUGGUGGUUACCUUCACUCUCACGAUGCUUUUUACGAAAAAGGAUCUAAUCAACAGCAAAUUACGUGUUAUCCUUACGUAGAUAAGAACGACAAUUGGACUGUUGAGUUAUAUGACGUUCCUUUGGAAAACAUUACAUCUUUCCAAAAUUUAACUGACGGUACCAAAAUUAGACUAUUGCAUAAUACAGGUUGUAGAUUGCAUUCACAUGAUCAUAAACCUCCUGUCUCUGAAAACAGUGAUUGGCAAAAGGAAGUGUCUUGCUACGGAUAUCCUGGCUUCGAAGGUGAUGCAAACGACGACUGGAUUAUUGAAAUUGACAAGGACGCUUCUAUUCCUGGUGAGUCUCAAGAACAUGUCAGAGCUAUCGAAACCAAAUUUAGAUUAAAGCAUGCAAUCAUGGGAUGUUAUUUGUUUUCACAUAAUACCAUGCUUCCAAAGCUUGGUUUCGAACAACAAGAAGUUACAUGUGCCUAUUCCGGUAUAGAUUCUUUAACACUUUGGUCCGUCGAGAAUAACGAAAAUCCAUUUGUUUCUGACGAUGCUGAACGUGUCUCUUAUGAGCCUUUAUCUUUUUGGAAGAAAUUCGUUGAAACCCAUAAGAGAAUGUUAGAAAUUGCUUCAGGGAUGGAUAAUACGCAUAUGUACGAAUCUAAACCAGCAACCUGGCCAUUUAUGUUACGUGGUAUUGAUUUCUGGAGUGAACAACAUCAAGACAUUUAUUUGUUAGGUAACGCUGUUUUAUGGUGGUCCGUUACUGCUUUUAUUGUUGGAUUUGCCGGUAUUGUUGUCUGGGAAUUAGUAAGCUUACAAUUAGGUUACGAAUUUAGUAAGGAUCCUCACGUUAUUAAUUUCCACAUCCAGGUGAUUCAAUAUCUAUUGGGUUUCUUACUGAAUUUCAUUCCAUCUCUACUUCUCGAAAAUCAAAUCUUCCUAUAUCAUUAUUUACCCGCAUAUUAUUUUGGUAUCCUAGCGUUAACUCAUGGAUUGGAUAUUUUGGUAAGUUACAUAUUCAGAAGACGAAGAUCUAUCGGUUAUACAAUUGUCUUUCUCUUUGCUACUCUAUGUGUUUAUUUCUUUAGAGAUCGUUCCGCCCUCGUUUACGGUACCAGCUGGACUAAGGAUCUAUGUGAGCAGUCCAAAUGGCUAUCCGGAUGGGACUACGACUGUGAUUCGUUCUUGGCAACCUAUGAAGCAUACGCCCAUCAGCCAAGUGGUAUAUACACUGUGAAUACAUUGGUUGCACCUUCCAAGACAAUGGAGGCUCUAUUACCCCCAACCGUCUAUACAGAGAAGGUUCAUGAAGAUAUUCCAAAAGAAGUAUAUCAAGAUGUUCAAGAAGAUUCUUAUGAAGACGCUCAACAUGAGGUCUAUGAAAAUGCCCAAGAAGAAAUUCAGGGCAAUGAUCAACAAGAGAUGUAUGAAACUCCUCAACAAGAAGUUAAUGAAGACACUCAAGGCAAUGCUAAUGAAGUCCCUCAAGAGGUUAAUGAAGAGAAUCAAGGAAAUGCUAACGAAGUUCAACAAAAAGCUCCUCAAGGGGCUCAAAGUGAAGGGAAUGAGGAAACUCACGAAUACAAAAAGAAACAGAUAGAUUCUCCAUCAGACUUUGACAAAUUGAUGAACAAUCCAAUCCCAAAAAAGUUUGUUGAUGAAAAUGGUAAUGAAAUAGAUCCUGAAGUAGCCAGAAAGCUGAUUGAGGAAGAAGGUGGUAUCUUAGAAAAACUGCAUUAA